AUGGCCAGCAAUACAAGGUCCAAGACCGACUCUGACAAAAAACUGAAAAUACAGGACUUGACAGAGACUGAGCACGAGUUAGCCAAAGAAAAAGAAAAACUACAACUCGAGCACGAGAAACUUAAAAAUGAGCUGGAGUUAGCUAGAGAUAGAGAGAAGUAUGAGCAUGAGUUAGCCAUGGAGCGGGAGAGACAGGCAACUGAGAGAGCUAAAAUAGCUCAAGAGAAUGAGACGGCUCGCACAGUCGCUGAUUCUCAGCCUGCUAGCCCAGCUUCCAGCCAAGGGUCCUCAAAUAGCUCACCCAACAUCCCCUUCGAGCCCUUCGAUGAGAAGAGCGAAAGUGUUGAAGUUUAUUUAACACGAUUCGAAGAGGUGGCACGCUAUUAUAGCUUGCCCAAGGAUAGGUGGUGUUUUAGAUUAGCUCAAUGCCUUAGAGGCAAAGCUUAUGAGGCUUACACAAAGCUCCCCUCCUACCAACGGGAGGACUUUGAAGCCCUAAAAGAGGCACUAUUGGUUCAAUUUGAGCUAACCUCUGAUUCAUACCAUAAGAAGUUUCGAGGGUCCCGCCUUGAGCGCAAAGAAACGUAUGUCAAUCUUUGCGACAGGCUGGACAAAUACCUCAGAAAAUGGCUAGCCCUAAGCAAAAUGCCCGAAACGUUUGAAGGUCUCAGAAACCUUAUUCUGGCUGAGCAGCUUCGAGACUGCCUAACGCAGGAAACUCGAAUAUAUGUCAAUGAGCAACAGGUGAUUGACCCUUCUGACAUUGCAAUUGCUGCAGACCGAUAUUUAGCUGCCAGACGUGACACUAAGACAAAGACGGAAGACUCAAAGCCCCAAGCAAGCACAAAUAGAGCUAACUCCCACCAAGGGAAAAACAAUCCACCCAACCACAAAAACAACCAGGCCGUUCAUCCUCGCCCCAAUACCCCGAACCCUGCUAAUUAUAGAUCUUCUCACCCGCCUCCUAAACAAUGGUGUAAUUUCCAUAAAAUUAACUCGCACGACACUAAAGACUGUCGGAGCCGAGGUAAGCUCACCCAUACUCUAAAUAGUAUACGCAAUCCUGCACCGAGUGAUGCUGAAGCCCUCGUCUUGGCCGCAGUAAGCGCUCAGUCAGGUGAGUCUCCUCAUCCCCCAAGUGUCGAAAAGGCGCUGGUCAACGGGAGAGAUGUGACUUGUCUCAACGACACAGGUUGCUUGGUGGAAGCUGUAGUUCGGGAGUCAUUGGUAAGCCCAAGUGACUACAUCGAGGAGACUACCCAAAUCCAAACAGUUGAUUUGGAGAGUCCGCCCAAGACUCUACCUAUGGCUCUCAUAAAUGUAGAGUCAAAAUAUGUCCGCGGUCGCAUCAAAGCGAUUGUGAUGAAAUCCCCAGCCUAUGAUCUCAUAUUAGGCUGCCGAUACGUGUUUCUAGGAACACCACCAUACCCCAGCGUCUCUGCACCUGUUCUCACCAGAUCACAGGUACAAGUGGAAGAAUCUGACUCCCUCAAAGUCAAUACCAUUCCCACUGAGAUUAGGGAAGCUCAGAAGCAAGACCCCUCGCUUCAAAAAUAUCUUAGGUUCGCCCAAGAAGGUGAACCCGCCCUUGGCAAGGUACAAUUCUUCUUUAAAACAGGGCUACUAUAUCGACGAGGUAAAGAACCAGAUGCCUGCAACCAGCUGGUUGUGCCCAAACCAUACAGGGAGCAGGUUAUGCAAACAGGUCAUACCUCCUCUUUAAGUGCCCAUCAAGGUCAGAGCUCGACCCUCAACAGGAUCCGAUUCCAUUACUUCUGGCCUGGCAUGACCGAAAACAUCAAACGAUAUGUCGCCUCAUGUCCACAGUGCCAAAAGUUGUCACCAAAGAAUCGCAUUCCGCCCGUUCCUCUGGGAAAAACCCCUUUGAUCGAAACUCCGUUUAAACGAGUAUCUGUGGACAUACUUGGUCCUCUACCCCGCACGAAGAAAAGAAACGCCUACAUUCUUUGUGUCAUAUGUCAAGCAUCAAGAUGGCCAGAGGCCGCCCCUUUGUCAAGCAUAGACUCUAAACAUGUGGCUGAAGCUCUGUUCAAUAUGUUCACUCGGAUAGGCUUUCCCGAAGAGAUAUUAACAGACAAUGGUUCUCAGUUCACAGGGAAGUUAAUGAAGGAGGUGUAUGCUCUCUUUAAUGCAAAACAUCUCCGGUCUUCGGUAUACCACCCCCAAGCAAAUGGUCUUGUAGAACGGUUCAAUCACACUUUGGUAACGAUGCUUAAACGCCUCAUCGAUGAUAAACCAGAAGAGUGGGACACUUACCUACCUGCUGCUUUAUUCGCAUACCGAGAGGACCUCCAAGAAAGGCUACAAGACAUACGGUCCCUGGCUAGAAGCAACCUCAUCAAGGCACGUAAGAGACAAGAGAAAUACUACAACAGGAGGGCUAAAGAACGGUCACUCAACGUCGGAGAUAAGGUUCUCUUGUUACUGCCCAAGAACUCAAACAAGUUACAGAUUUGUUGGCAAGGCCCAUUCGAUGUGCUGAAAAAGGUAUCGCCCACUAACUACGUCAUUAAAGUCGGUCGCAAGGAGAAGUCUUAUCACGUGAACCUCCUCAAGCACUACUUAGAGAGGCCUUCACAAACGGACCCUCCCCGAAACUUGAUGGCUAUAGCGGUGGCAGAGGAUGUGAAAGAACCCAAAGACCUAGUGGAGUACCCCCUCCAUGCAGUGGAGACACACGAGAACGUCACCAUUAGUCCACAGCUAGACGCCGAGCAAACGGCCGAGGUCAAAUCUAUGCUGGGGGAGUUCCAUGACGUCUUGUCGGAUAAGCCUGGCAGAACAUCGCUUGAGCGGUUUUCGAUGAAGCUGUUAAGUGCUGACCCCAUUAAAGUAAAGGCCUACCCUUUACCUCAUGCAAAAGCUGAGGUCAUCAAACAAGAGGUGGAAGAGCUUCUAAAAGCUGGAAUUAUAGCGCCUUCGGUCUCUCCAUACAACGCUCCAGUGGUGCUAGUUCGGAAGCCAGAUGGAGGCCAUCGCAUGUGCAUUGAUUUUCGACGCCUCAAUGCAGUGGCUGAAUUCCAAGCGGAGCCUCUUCCAGACCCAGCCACAAUUUUUGCCAACUUAAGUCACGCUAGGUAUUUUAGCAAAUUUGACUUAAGCCGAGGAUACUAUCAAAUAGAAGUUGAGCCAGAAUGCAGACCUUUGCUAGCUUUUAGCACCCCACAAGGGCACUAUGAAUUUCAAACGGUCCCCUUUGGUCUGAAUAACUCGUCUAGCGUGUUCACGCGCAUGAUGAGAAAGCUAUUAGCUCCCAUCGAAAGUCCAGGCAUCCAAAAUUUCAUAGAUGAUAUUCUGAUCGCCACGGAGACCUGGUCCGAACACAUAGCUCUCAUCUCCUCCCUCUUGCUAAGGCUCCGCGAGACGGGUCUAACUGCUCGGCCCUCCAAAUGUCUCAUAGGUUUCACAAGACUCAAGUUCUUAGGCCAUGUCAUUCAAGAAAACCAGCUCAUGCCAGACGAAGAAAAGGAAAAGAUGGAACUCCUAGGUAAGACGCAGGAAAAGAUGGAUACACUUGUUAUAGGGAUUAGAACCAUGCAGGAUAAAAUAGACACACUAGAUUCAGGGAUCAGGACUGAAUUGGUAUCGGUUAACCAGAAAAUAACCACGAUGGAGGUCACGAUGAACCAGAGAGUCGAUGUGGUAGAAAAAGACAUAGAAGAACUGAAAGUUCAAGUUAGAGAAGGGCUCAGCAAGGCGCCGGUGAGUAAUACAGGAUCAAUGUUACCCGAAGGGCUUGUAAAGAUGAAUACAGGAUCAAUGUUACCCGAAGGGCUUGUAAAGAUGAAACCCCCUGUGUUUGACGGGUCCGUCUCCUGGUCAGUCUACAGAAGACAGUUUGAGGCAUCUGCUAAGGUCAACAAAUGGGGCAGCGAGGAGGAGAAAGCGACCGCUCUAGUACUGGCCCUUAGAGGAAAGGCUUCCGAAGUACUCCAAUCCAUUCCAAACCAGCAGGAUUAUGCUGCUCUCGUCCAGGCUAUGGAGCUUCGAUACGGGGACGAGCACUUACAGGAAGUUUAUAAGGUCCAGCUGAAGACCAGACAACAGCGGGUCAGUGAAACCCUACAAGAGCUAAAGACGGACAUUGAACGACUUGCCCAUCUGGCAUACCCCACAGCAGCACAGGAGUUCCUCGAAGUAAUCGUCACUGAUGCCUACUGUUACGAAAGGUAA